AUGAAUGAAAGAGCAAUUGAUCGUGCUUAUGUACCAACAACUCAUGAACAUGUAGCAAAUUGUUUAACACAUGGUUGUCUAAUUAUUCCAUCAUUUAUUGCUGCUCAACGGUUAAUAUCUCAUGUAAAAACACCGGCGCAAUAUUGGAGUAGUAUUAUCUAUGGUAGUGCUCUUAUUUUUCUCUUUUCAUCUUCAACUUGUUUUCAUUGUUCAUGUUUUCAUCCAACAUACAGAGAUUCAACUCUGAAACAUUUAUUACAUCGAGUUGAUCGAGCAAUUAUUUACAUUUUUAUUAGUGCUAGUUAUACACCAUGGCUUCUUCUUCGUCCAAUUCAAGCAAUUCCAACGAUUUUCACUGUAGCACUCGUUUGGAUAAUGGCUAUAUUAGGCAUUACCUAUCAGAUUUUAUAUCAUGAAAGACAUAAAUGGCUAGAAACAUGUUUUUAUGUUGGUGUUGGUGUUUUUCCUGCUAUUGUUAUAACUGACAUGACUGAUCAUACCGGUAUAUUGGAAUUGGCUAUUGGUGGUCUAGUUUUUCUGUUGGGCAUUGUUUUCUUUAAAUGUGAUGGUAUCAUACCAUUUGCACAUGCUAUUUGGCAUUGUUUUGUUUUUUUCGGCGCUGCUAUUCAUUACUAUGCAAUUUAUACUUAUCUUCUCGUACCAUCAUUGUCUCAGGAUGAAUUUUAUUAUAAGAAAUAA